AUGGUCAAAGGACGACAACAACAAUCAAUAAAAAAAACUAAACCAACAACUGGAAAUAAAUCAAAAGCACUUAAAGGAAAAAAAGCUGGUCCAAAACAUGGAACCAAGCAUAUAAAAUCUGGAGUUUCCAAAAGAUCAGUUUCACCUGCAUCAUCAUCAUCAUCUUCAGUAAAGAAACAUGGUCAUCAGAAAUCACAUAAACAAAAAGGAAAAACGCCCAGUAGAUUUAAUCUUUACAUGAAAACGACUGUAUCAAAAAUCAAGCAAGAUCAUCCCGGUAUAGCACAAAAAGAUGCAUUUAAGAAGGCUGCAGAACAAUGGGCUACAUCGCCAGAUAAUCCAAAGAAUAAACAUCAUUAA